AUACCACGCGAAGAUCCACCGAUGAAAACUGUGUCUGUCUGAACAAAGCCCGGGCUCUGUGAGGGGUUCCAUCCACUGACGGCGGUGUGAUCGACCAUCGGAGCAGCAGCAUCAUGUCAUCCAGAUGUUACCUGCAGACAGCGGUGCUCCUCCUGAUGCUGCAGCUCGUCUGUGUCCCUGCAGCUGCCGAGGAGCCCGGGACCGUCAUCCCUGCAGAAAGCCGCCCGUGUGUGGACUGUCACGCAUUUGAGUUCAUGCAGAGGGCGCUGCAGGAUCUUAAGAAGACGGCUUUCAACCUUGAUGCCAGGACAGAGAUGCUGGUGCUGAGAGCGGAGAGGAGGGCUCUGUGCGACUGUAUGCCCACCAGCUCGCUGCGCUGAGAUCUGCUCUCCACCACCACCAGUGCAUCCGAGGACACGUCCACCGGUCGUCAUUGCAUCCCCCCCCCCCUCCAUGCUGAACACAACCCUGUUCCGCCCUCAUGUACAUUCUCAUCUUAACUUAUUCUCACGAUAGGCACUUUAUUUUCUUUGUCGUCACUGUUGAGUGAAGCUUUUAUUUCAAAUCAUCUUCAAGUCAUGUUUUAGUUGUUGCCUUAUUCUGGACGACUUUUUUAAACCUGCUCACGUUAGUGAAACACACGUUUACUUCAGUUCUCACCGUCAUUGGGUUUGGUUCAGCUCUCACCUGUCUCCUACCAAACAAACUAUUUUUUGUACUUUUUAGUAUUUGACUGAAUAAUGUAGAUAUAGUAGAAUGCAUUGGUAAAAUGUACUCGUCGAAUGUGUUGUAUGAGAUUAAUGUUUACGAUGAUUAUACACAUCAAACUGUAGCAUCUCAUGGAAUUUAUUUACCUGCUUUUAAUUAGUUCAUCAAAUGACCUGUCAGCAAAAUGACAACAAUUCCACAGAUUUAAAAGAUUUGAUUUGCAGCCUGGCUUGUUUUGCAAAAAAAAAAAAAAAGGUUUGGUAACUGAAUAAAAAACUGUCUUUUUUUAGAUUUUGUUUUGUAAAGAAACAUCAGUGGAAAAAAAUAUACAAUUUUGCAAACAAUAUUCAGAUUUUUUAAGGCAGAGGGAGCGUCCUUGUAGUUCUUGAUUUGAGCACAGCACUGUAGCAUGAAUUUACAGCACUUUCUGUUCAACUACUGUUACUAUAUAGAUUGUAUGUAUAAGUUAACGUGUACACGAGUACAUGUUACGCAGGUGUCUCCAGACUUUGUCCUCUCGGUCUGAUAACGAGUAGUAGGGAUGUAAAGUGUCAGGUGAACUGUGACAUCAGCAGAAGGAACAAUAGAGGGAAAGUAGCUGCAGCAGCAGGAGAUAGAAAUAGUUAUUGUCUUGUUGUUGCUUGUUCAUGAACAUUGUUCUGUUGACGUGAUGUCACAGGAAGAUCCAUCUAUUGUCUUAAUGUUGUAACUUAAUAAAAACAAUGAAUGAC